ACGCCCCGACCGGUCCGAAUCGGAACGGAACUCUGUGCAUCGUUGACCAGAAUGUUAGAGAUAAGAUAAAAAGGAGUGACUAAAUUUUUAUGAUUUUUUGCUGUUAACAAUUUUUUGAAAUACACAUCCUAGAUUUAGUGGAAAACGAAUUGAAAAGUGAAAAACAUGCGCUGGAAACAACUACUGCUUCUGGCGUGUGCCGUAGCAGUGCUCGAGAGGACGGUUCUAGUGAGAGCAGAUGAUGAUGAUGACGUCAUCGUUCAGGAUAAUGACACAGUUAUCUCAAAUGGAAGUGAAAAUGUGCCUGAUGAAACAGAAACUACUGUUCCGGAGGUAACUGAUAAAGAAGACUCGGAAGAUACAAGUGAGAACGAGGAUACCAAGGUGGACGAAGAUGCUGUUGAGGUAGAAGUUGAUCCGAAAGGAUCCGAUCAACCAGAAGGAAGAAAGGGAAAAUACUACAACUAUGACGAUUUCCUAUCCAACCUGGAUUCCUAUGAUUCGUCCUAUGACUGGAGCGAUCCCAUCAAUCGUGUGCAACCGAAGGACCCACCGAACUUUCAAAAUGAUGGUUCUGCGUACACGAUUACUGCCGCCCGUCUUGCAGAAAUUCGUCGACAAUUCCUUUACCCAUUCUACGACCGCGGAGGCCCAGAAAACAUUGGCGAUCUACAGCGGGACAUUCACGCAUCAAUGCCACAAGUUCACAAGAACUUCAACUUCCAGCUACCAUUUUAUGGGUUCCGUUUCAACUACACCCGUGUAUCGAUGAACGGUUUCCUGGAAUUCUCCGAUCCUCCGGAGCACUACACCUAUCCACUGUCAUUUCCAAUUAAGGAUUGGCCCCGUCGAAACGAUCCAUCCUUUAUUGGUAUUUUCUUUUCCAAAUGUCGUAUCGGUCGAAUCUAUGAUACGGACAUUGACCAGCGCUCUCCGGGUGUAUAUUUCCGUAUGGAACGUGAUUUGCAGACCAGAACCGAUCGACCAGGAGUAGAGAUGCGAGAGCGCGUUAUGUGGGAUAUCCGCGAAGGAGUGGUGGGUUCAGAUACAUUCAUUCCGAAGCAUGUCAUUAUUACGACGUGGAAAAAUAUGAGCUUCGCCGGUGGAAUUGAUAAUUCUCUUUUCAAGACCAACAGUUUCCAAAUGGUCUUGGCAACUGAUGAAGUGUACACUUAUGCUAUUUUCAAUUACGGAAUCAUUAACUGGUCCUCACAUACUGAAGCAGGCGGAGAUACCACUGGUGGAGAAGGAGGAGUUCCUGCCUUUAUCGGAUUCAAUGCAGGAAAUGGAACGCAAGCAUACGAGUAUAAGCCAUACAGUCAAGCCUCAGUACUACGUGAUUUGACAGGUCGUGGGUGGGCAAAUGGUUUUCCUGGGCGACAUAUUUUCCGCCUCGACGAACGAAUUAUGCUCGGCACGUGUAAUAAAGAUAUAGACGCUGCUCAUUUACCACUUGUCUUUGCUCCCGAGUCUGGAAACAUGCUCGGAGGAACUGUUGUAAACAUCACAGGCCCUUGUUUCAUGCCAAAUGAUCGUGUAGCCUGCCGUUUCGAUACAGACGAAGUCAUUGGAACGGUGAUAGAUACAAACCGCGCCAUCUGCGUACAACCAUUCCUGAAAGCCCAAGGCUACAUUCGAUUCGAGAUAUCGAUUGGUACGGAACGGUUCAAGUGGAGAGGCCGCUACUUUGUGGAAACUCCCGCCACUGCAACGGAUAGAAUUUUCUUCGAAUCGGAUGAUGUUCACCGCAGAAGCCCCUCAGAGAUUCGGAUUUCUUGGAAUCGAUACAAUUUGACAACCAACUUGAAUGCUAACAUCCAGAUCUCUCUUUGGGGCUACCGAGAAGCCACCAUUCGUCCGGAGUUGGAAUACAUUGACAUGAUUGAACCACAGUUAACCAACACGGGAGCGUAUACAAUUUCCCCAGCAAACUAUAGACUCCGUGAUAAUCCCCGACAUGUAGACAUGCAGUUUGGAUUUAUUCAAAUCAAUCUUACCAAUCCAGAACAGUUCAACGGCCUAGCUAUAUCCCCAGUGCUUUGGUCGAAACCAAUUCCUCUCGCUUGGUACUUUGGUUCACAGUGGGAGCGCAUCCAUGGAAGAAAUUGGCCCAGGGCAUUGUGUGAUAACUGGCUGAUGACAGAUCGAUUCCUUCGAAACUUUGCCCACGAGCUUCCAAUUUGUCCUUGUACACUGGAGCACGCAAUGUACGACAAGGGACGCUAUCUUCCGGAUCAGGAUUGUGACCGCGACGCAAAUCCAACAUGUCUCCAUCAUAGGGGAGGUAUCCAUUGUGUUAGAUCGGGUCAACCAUCUGCUCAAGGUUCUGAACAACAAUGCUGCUACGAUCGUAACGGGUAUCUGAUGUUGUCCUACGAUCAAAUGUGGGGAUCACGACCACGUCGCAACCACAACAUUGGACAAAUGCCAUGGAACGAAGCCAACAAAGUUCCAACACUUUCUACCUGGUUCCAUGACGUUCGUCCAUACUAUUCAUGUUGUAUGUGGCAGGAUGAACAGGCCGUUGGUUGUGAAACAUUCCGCUUCGAACGACGUCCAUCUCAGGACUGUAUCGCUUAUCAAUCACCUGCGGUUGGUGCGGUAUUUGGUGAUCCCCACGUAGUUACCUUCGACGGUAUGCAGUAUACCUUCAACGGAAUGGGUGAGUUUGUUCUUCUACGCGGCAAUAACGGCCGUGAACGAGUCGAUGUGCAGGGUCGCUUCGAGCAAGUUGCACGUAACAUCCACGGACCAGUUAUGGCUACCCAGUUGACUUCCGUGGCUGCCCGCGGUAAUACUUCUACAAUUAUCGAAGUCCGUCUUCGACCCCGAGAAGCCCAGUGGAGAUAUCGGUUGGAUGUAUUCGCAGACCAACGUAGAAUCUAUUUUGAUCGACAGAGUUUGAAAUUUCAACAUUUCCAUGGAGUUACUGUUUACACACCGUCGUACAUUUUGAACCAAUCGGAAGUUGUCAUCAUGUUCUCAUCUGGUGUUGGGGUUGAAGUCGUCGAGAAUAAUGGAUUCAUGACGGCCAGAGUAUACACUCCCUGGAGUUUCAUAAACAAAACACGUGGUCUUUUUGGAAACUGGAGUUGGAAUAUGGCAGAUGAUUUGACCCGACCUGACGGCACUGUUAUAGCACCUAAUCUGAACCAUUUUGGGGAUAUACACAACAACUUCGCUAUGCAUUGGAUGUUGUCCGAUCGAGAAGUAGAAGGUGUUGGUCAAGCAUUGUUUACACGGGAGUUUGGACGAACGUCAAGUUACUACGCAAAUGCGUCGUUCGUUCCGGAAUUCCGUCGCGAACCGAGAGAUUUCCUACCACCUAAUAGAACACAUGAUAUAGAACGAGCUACAGAACUUUGCGGGGAAAGUUAUCAAUGUCGGUACGAUUACGGUAUGACGUUAAAUCGUGAGAUGGCUCACUUUACCAAAAACUACCACGCAAGUGCCAUCAACAUACAAACAAUCAAUAGCGAGCGAACCAUAUCAUGUGGAAUUCUAGAAACUCCGCGAUUUGGACGAAAAUCCAACUUUAUGUUCACGCCAGGAUCCCGAGUAUCAUUUGAAUGCAAUGAAGGUUUCUUCUUGAUAGGAGAUAGUCGACGCAUUUGUCGAGAAAACGGCCAAUGGGAUGUCCCAGAAUACGGUUUUACCGAAUGCCUCCGCAAAGUAUAUUACACUCGUCGCACUGCUUGGAUCACAACGGGCAUUGUUCUAGCUGUAAUGUUACCGUUGAUUAUGUGUAUAGUUUGCGGAGUAUAUUGUUUCCGUAAACGCAAACUCAAAGAAGAUCCCGAUUGGCGUAUGCCUCUUCCAUCUAGGUCAGGUUCGCGUGCUACGUUGCGCAAUCUGAACAACGAUGGCAGUGAAUAUGAUGACAAUACGAUAAGGAAAGUACGCCGCUAUGACGCUACUUACAACACACAUGAACCGCUACCUGGUAAACCGGACAUUCAGUUUGAACCGAAGAAAAUGGACCUGGAUGAAGAAGACAUCACAUCCUCGGAAGGAGGUGAAUAUAGAGAUAAAGUUGCUAAUGAAUUCCAAUAUAAGAACAUGGCUGAUCAAAAACAACUAGGUCGUCGAAGAAUGACUGCCAAUGAGAACGGAACUGGGGCCGGGCCGUCGAUGUUCAGCGAGGACGAAGAAAACAACUAUCCGCCACCACCUAACGAGUCUCCAACGCAAACUUACGGCGCUUACAGCCCAACAUUCAGCGGAAUUGAUCGCAACAGCAGUUUCGCCACCGAGGAAGCAUCUCCGAUCAAUCAAAGACGACCCGGAGCCUUCCCAACCACUGCACAACCAAAUACCAGCACAUUUUACGGUGGGGAACGCAGCGCACAACCGCUGGUUCAAAAUGUAGGUCUGCCGGUGAGACUGGACAGUCGAUCAACCGAAGUUUAAACUAACAAUUUCCUUGACAAAACAAAAUCUAUUCCACAACCUCCGAGAAUUGACAGGUAUUUUAUGAAAUCACAAAUCCGUCGUCGCCAUAUUUUUUUGUUGGUGUAUUAUUCCUACUAAGCUCAAGUAGAUAACAAACAUUUUACAAACGAUAAGGUUAAAUGUGUACUUAGUGAUAAGAGAGAAACAAGAAAUCAAUAAAGAUAACGUAAUGUUUUUGACAGUAUUCCAGUAAAUAAGGAAACAA